CAACACAGAGUGGCCACACACGUGUGUCUAAAUACACUGGUCGAAGCGCAGGUAUUAAAUUAUCCUUAUUAGGGAAAAGUAUGAAACAUUUAGGCCCCCUGUCGUUGCAGGUCUGCUGAUCUAUUUCUCUUCUUGCAUGGUGGAGGUGGUGGUGCUGGGAGAUACAGGCGAGUAGAUCCAUGUUUUCCUCCGCUCACGUGUACCGGGCUGCUCGGAGGCGCCUGUCAAGCUGUCGCUAAAGCGAAGGGAGCUUAUUAUGCUCACGCUGUCCUAUAUCAGCCUCAGCCAGCAUUUCUCCAGUCCUCUCUCCAGCCAUGCUUCCAAGUGGACGCUUUCUUCUCAGCCGGCCGACCACCAGGAACAAUGUUGGAGGAAAGUGUUGUUUUUAAGCCGUUCGUGAUGAAACAAGGAAGGACAGGUCUCAAAUCCAAGUGCCAGACCUUCUCCUCCCACGAGGAGCGGGGUAAAAGACGGAAGCGGGUGGCGUCCAGUUUCACCCUGACUCAGGCGCAGGACUGGGGUAACCUGCCCCACCACGUCGUCCUGCAGAUCUUCCAGCAUCUGUCUCUGGUGGACCGUGCCAGGGCCUCAUCUGUGUGCCGGAGCUGGAAUGACGUCUUUCACACGCCUGACCUGUGGAGGAGGUUUGAGUUUGAGCUCAAUCAGCCCGCUACGUCUUACCUGCGCUCCACCCACCCUGACCUCAUUCAGCAGAUAAUCAAGAGGCAUGCGCAGCACCUGCAGUACGUUAGCUUCAAAGUGGACAGCUGCACAGAAUCUGCAGAGGCGGCCUGUGACAUCCUCUCCCAGCUGGUGAAUUGCACCAUUAAGACCCUGGGGCUGAUUUCUACAGCACGGCCCAGCUUCAUGGAUGUGUCUCAGGCGCACUUUGUGUCUGCGCUGACGGUGGUGUUUGUGAACUCCAAGUCCCUGUCCUCGAUCAAGAUUGAUGACACCCCAGUGGACGAUCCAUCCUUGAAGGUGCUGGUUGCCAACAACAGUGACACCCUUAAGUUGCUGAAGAUGAGCAGCUGUCCUCACGUCUCCCCAGCCGGUAUCUUGUGUGUUGCCGAUCAGUGCCACGGUCUCAGAGAGCUGGCGUUAAACUACCAUCUCCUGAGCGAUGAGCUCCUCCUCGCCCUGUCUUCAGAAAAGCACGUCCACCUAGAGCACCUGCGCAUCGACGUGGUGAGCGAAAACCCUGGCCAGACGCACUUUCACGCCAUCAAGAGGAGCAGCUGGGAGGCCUUGGUCCGACAUUCGCCUAAGGUCAACAUCGUCAUGUACUUCUUCCUCUAUGAGGAGGAGUUUGAGCCCUUCUUCUGCGAGGAAACCCCGGUCACCCACCUGUACUUUGGCCGGGCAGUUAGCAAAGAGAUGCUGGGCCGCAUCGGACUGAACUGCCCCCGGCUGGUGGAGCUGGUCGUGUGCGCCAACGGCCUUGAGCCCCUGGACGAGGAGCUGAUCCGCAUCGCGGAGCGCUGCAAAAGCUUGACGGCCAUCGGGCUGGGCGAGUGCGAGGUGACCUGCAGCGGCUUUGUGGAGUUCGUGAAGAUGUGCGGGGGCAGGCUGACUCAGCUGUCAAUCAUGGAGGAGGUGCUGAUCCCAGACAGCAGCUACAACAUGGAGCAGAUCCACAGCGAGGUGUCGAAGCACCUUGGCCGCAUGUGGUUCCCUGACAUGAUGCCCACCUGGUAGGCUGACACGAAGCCAGAGUGAAGGGAGCUAAUAAAGCCCAUGACCCCUAUAUAUCCUCUGGAUGAGGAUUACAUGAAGGUAAGGCUUCUCUUAAUAUGGUUACACAUUUCGCUCUUCAACUUGGACGGCCUGGACUGUACGUGUUCUUGGCCAGAUUACAAGAAGAUGAACAUUUCUGAAGCUAUUCUUUUCACCUUCACUGAAUUUGACUAAUGUUAUUAAGACUAAUAAUGGAAAUGGGUUGUCACAGAUUGAUUUAUGACAGACCAUUAGCUUUUCCUCUAUGCAUUGAUGUUGUGAUGUGAUAUUCUGGAUGUGGCAGUGUGAAUAAUGGCCUGAAUAUGUAAUCACACUGCAACCCUUCACUAGUCGUGUAUGAAGGAUGCAGAUCUGCCAUCUGCUGGUCGCAUGUGUUAAAAACACCGCCACAGUUCCUGAGCUCCUCACUGCUUCUGCUUAAGCUCAUGUUUUUUUGUUUUUUUUCCUCCAACACACACUCUUCCCUGAGCAUAGUGCCAAGAGAGAACCGAGGGAACAAGAGUUUCCUGUUGAGCUGGAGCAAGAAUCACCUCUCCUUGUAAAACACAAUAGCUCUUUUGUUUUCCUGUUUAUUUCAAUGGCUUUCAGUGGAGUUCUACCAACUUGGCCUUUGAUGUUUUUUUGUGCUCAGUCACUAAACCAGAAAUACAGAUCUCACCUGCUUCAUCACCGGUGGAGUUUCAUUUUCCCUGUUCUUGCACCUGAAGUUAUUUUACUAGUGAAGUUAGCUUCAUGUCUUCUUCAAAGACAGUUGAUGACAGUUGAUCGGUGUAAUGUAAAAGAUAAAAUAGAGCUAAAUAAGAAAGUUAAUCCUGUGAUACAAUGAAUAACAUUUAUAGUUAAUAAAAGUAAUAGUAAAAACAGUAUUGGUGGUACAUAUAUACAUAUAUACAUCCCUACGCAUCUAGGAGCAAUUUGUUUAAUGUAAAGGCCCUUGUGGCAAAUAUUUGACUUUGAAUUUUUUUUUUUAACAUUCGUUUUACUAAAUUACAAUUUUAUUUUGUGCAAAUCUAGUGCAUUAACCACUACAUGCAGACCUGGUGCCAUGUUUCAUGACUACAGCUGUACAUAUUUAUUUCGUGUUUGUUAAUUUGUCAUCUGAAUGUAAAUUAUUUAUCACAAGUGUAUUUUGGGUGUCUGCAUCAGUAACGGGCUAGAAGUCUGCAUGGGAAGUCUGUGGAAAACUGCUCUUUCCUUUUCUUAUGCUGUAUUUAAUUCUUAAUAAAAACAGCAACAACAACAACAACAACAACAACAACAAAAAAAAGUGUUUACAUGACUUGCAUGUUCUUUUGGCUCCGGUACAAGGAAGUCUAAUCUCAGCUGUCUGUUUUCCUGACUUUGUCCCGUUUGACCUUUCUGCAGCUCUCCAUUUUCUGCUCUAGAGGGCAGCAAUGAUCUAACUGGGGGCAGCGGGAACGUUAUAUAAGCAGAGCCGCUACUGUAUAAUGAAGUAAGCCAAUGAUAACUCAGCCCUUUUUUGCAAGUGGAUUCACUUGUGCACACUCCAUUUCCAUAGGAAAGCACCAGACUUUGCAGCUUAAAAGCCUUUUCUUCCGAUUAUUCCAAAUGUACCGUUUUGUUGUAGAUGCUCCAUCAGAAAUGGGACGGAGCUCGACAGACAUGUUGCAAUGGAUCGCAUUUCAUUUUCUUUUUUUUUUUUUUCUUUGUAGAUACACAUAACAUGAAAGAAACUACUCACCAGCCAGCCAAUAAUAAUAAUUAAAAAAAUUA